ACAAACUAUAAAUAUUUUUACAAAAAAUUGUUUCCGUAAACGAAGGUUGUUAUGUAUAUUUAUGCAAGACUAAUUAUCAUACAAAAUCAAGUGCUAUGUUCUAUUAAGUGAUCCACUAGAGUAAUGAAGACAUAAAAUCUCUGAACGUCUGACGAAAAUAUCAACAAUGGCUAUUCUGGGAAACCCCAUAGCGCGUAAACAUGGCCAGAGUGUGUGAGCGCGGUCGAGAUCCAAACAUUCGCGAUGGCUUCGCCGUGCCAGAAGGGCGGGAUGCGGCUGAGCGAAGCCCUCGACAACAUGCAGCUCGCUUACAACCCCAUCACGAAGCAGCUGCAUUUCGUGAGCCCUAAAGUGGAAAAGCCCUCGGAAGACACUUCAGACGACCUCGAUAAGUUGUCUAAGAAGAGCAGUUUCAGUGAUGAAGGGAACUUUUCGAUAUCAACAUGUGAGAAAAGUGACACAAGUGAUUCCCCAAAAAGUACAUUGAACUGGGGAGGUAGUGUGAGUGGCCAUCAGAGAGGCAAAGAUGGUGGUUCGUUUUCGAGCACAGUGUCGAGUCUUUCUGAGUGUUCGUUGGGAUCUAGUGCCUCUAAGGAGGAUAUUGGUGAAGUGUCGUCGGACCAGGACCAGGCUAAGCUAAAGAAGAAAGGAUUGUCUGGAUUUUUUAGCCGAGGCGUAUUUCCGUGGAAGAGCAGCUCAUCUUCCAAAACCAGUACCUCCCCCACAUCAACACCGAGCUGGCGUCUCUUCGGCAGUCGGUCCAGCGGUAACCUGCCUCGAGAGCCAGCCCCUGCGCCGCCCGCGCCGGCGACGCCACAUCAUCAUCGGAGGCAGGGGAGCUCGGCUAGUGACAAGCAGUUUGAGGACCUGGUGGCUAGCUCUAUUGCGCUCAUACAGCAUGACAGACCAUCAAACCUCCCCGCGAAAACUACAGAAGAAGCCCUCAGGCACAAACAGGAGCACGCUCGGAUACUGGAAGCGGCGCGGCGGCGCGUCGAGCGAGAAUCGGCAGCGAGACUCGCGCGCCUGCAAGAAUCGCUGCGGCAGGAGGAGCGGCUGGCGCGGCAUGCGCGCGAGUGGCAGGCCAUCCUGCCAGACUGGCCCGCACAGAAAAACGCAAAGCGCACCCAAGAGCUAUGGUGGAGCGGCCUGCCCCCCUCCAUCCGCGGCAAGGUCUGGCAGCUCGCCAUCGAAAACAAGCUCCAGAUCACCCACCACCACUACCGCGAGUUCGUCGCCAAAGCCAAGCAGAGGCUACACGAAGCACAACUCAGAAGAAAAAGGUUGAAGAUCCACAGAGAAUCAGAGGAAAAGACUGAAGAUAACCGCUUAGGCUUACCCAGAAACUUUAGCGAGCAGAACUUAAAAUGCCACAGUGAUACCACCCCCAAGUGCUGUUCGAAAUCGAAUCCAAACCUGAUAGAGAGAAGUGAUGAGUGUUCGAUGGAGCUGAUAGAGCUCGACAUCGCGCGGACGUUUCCUCAGUUGUGUAUAUUUCAACCGGGCGGGCCCUAUUUCACGGUGCUGCAUGAGCUGCUGGCGGCUUAUGUGUGUUACCGGCCCGAUGUUGGUUAUGUACAGGGUAUGUCAUUCAUUGCGGCUGUGCUGAUCUUAAACAUGGAGGCGCCGUGUGCCUUCGUUUGCUUCGCUAACCUAUUGGAGCAACCCGUACUCAAGGCAGCUUUUACCCGCGACGGCAACACUAUGCAGCGCUUCUGGCGAGCGUACACCCGUCUGCUCAAGCACAACCUGCCCUCCCUGGCGGACAUGCUGGCGCCGGAGCUGUACCUGCUGGAGUGGCUGUACACCGCCUUCGCCAAGGCCAUGCCGCUCGACGCCGCCUGUCGCGUGUGGGACGUCUUCCACCGUGACGGCGGCACCUUCCUGUUUAACACGGCGCUAGGCAUCCUCCACCUAUACCAAGACUCGCUCCUGGACAUGGACUUCAUCUCCGCCGCGCAGUUCCUCACCAAGCUCCCCGACGACCUCGACUCCGAAGCGUUAUUCCGCAGCAUCAGCGCCAUCAAUAUGACGCUAGACGGUAUGACGUUUGAAGAGUUAGUACUCAGCGAGCAGUGUGAAGAUGAAGAUGUCAGGUUAUGAUGACGGCUGGUUGAGUUUUUUGAUAUGUUUAUAUCCAAAGUCGGGUUAUAGUGACGUUUCAGCAGCCUAAAGAAGCGACACUGGUCACAAAUACAUGUAUGAAAUGUCCAACAUUCAUU